CCAGCAUAGAAGUUGGGCCUUCUUUUUUUUGCGUAGCCCUUGUAUAAAAAGGGAUGCGCCUAGGACGUUUUGCUACAGUUACAGCUGAGAGUUGUGCAGUUAAGGUUAAAGAAGUGAAAUUUUAGUGCGGAAAAAUGCAGUCCUUCCUGUCGUUUGUGACCGUUGCGGUGGCGCUGGUGGUCGUUUGCAAGGCCGAUUACAACGACUUCCAGAAGGAAACCAUCACCAUGAACGCGGACAUCUGCAAGAAGGAGCUGGACAUUCCAGCCGAGUCCAAAAUCCAACAAAUGGCCAUGUACGGAGAUUUAUCCAGGGAUGACAAAAAGUCCAAGCAAUACUACUCCUGCAUGAUGCUGAAGAUGGGCUUCAUGGAGCAGGACGGGGCGAUCAACGGGCCGGAGAUCGUCGAGUUUAUGGCACCGCAGUACGACCGGAACGCGGUCACUACCGUCGUGGACGCCUGCAAGAGCCCCGAGGGCAAGCUGAUCCAGGACAAGGCGUACGCCUUCGCGCAGUGCUUCUUCGCCAAGAAGAGCUUUGAGAUUUGAGGAAAAUUAUAGCUUUGAAAUCAAUAAACAUUUGUACCAUCAACAA